UUGCCGUCGUCGUGGCGUUCUUCAUCUGCUGGGCUCCGUUCCACGCCCAGAGGUUGCUCGCCAUCCACGGUCACAGGGAGUCCCACAACAUGGUCACAGCCUUCCGGAUCCUCACCUACGUGAGCGGCAUCUUAUACUACAUGUCCACAUCGGUGAACCCCUUUCUCUACCACAUCAUGUCGCAUAAAUUCCGGGAAGCUUUCAAGGACACUUUCAAAGGAUUUUUUGGUCGUAGCCGGCACCCAAAGGGGAGCCGUUGCUAUUCCACACUGUCGGGGAGGUCGUCGCAGUUGAACAGCCACAGCAACACCGACUCCUGCAGCAGACAAAGCUCCCUGCGUUACCUAGAAGCCGAAAUGGCCAAACUGCACGACUCGAAGAGACCUUUGGUGGUGUCGUUCAGACGGAAACGAUCGCAGUAUCCGAGAAAACCGAAACAAGUGACGAUCCUCGACGCUGAGCUACAGGAGGCUCUAGAUAAUCUAAAGGACGAACCUGAAAUCUUCGCGAAGAUGCGACCUUACAAGCACGAGGAGAAUUCAGAAUCAGUCAUCUCCUAUGUCGAGGUUCACAGUCUUCAACCGAAGCACAUCUGUCCGAAUUCGAGGAGAUCCAGCCGAUUGUCCGUGGCGAGGAAGGAUCGCUUCCGCCAUCGUCAAGGACUCACAAAGUCCAGCACGAUGCCUCACAUCGUCGCGGAUCGAAGUCCGAACGGGAAAGUUCCCGAGAACGGAUUCAUCCCCUGGGAUCGCGAGGAGAAAAGCAACAGUUGCUCCCAAUUGGAAAGCUUCAAGAACAAAGCAAUCGAAGUUACAUAGAAUGGAACAAAUGAAAAACGGAGAAAAUGAAAAGAAAAACAAAAAAAUAUAUAACGAAGAAGAAAACUUGUAAUGUUAGGGCGCACGCAAGGAAAUCGUUUUGGCCAGUUUUCUUUUC